CCAACUGUAAAACUAGAUAAAAGUAGAAAACAAACUGUAAAUGUGCCGCACACAUGUGAAGGGAUUAAAGAGCACAUCCUGUGCUCGUCGAUAUCUUUCCCUGUUAUGUUAUUUUUGCCUGCGCGCUAUUUUUAACAUUAACCCGAAAUACACUUAACAUUAACAUAAACUAUUGACCUGCAGCUUUCUACAUUCCGUUCUCGAGUUUAAUGAACUGUUAUUUAUGCGAGUAUCUUGAUUUAUGGUCUGUAACACUUACAUAGACAUUCUACGAACAAUAUUAUGAUGCUAAUAUAAACAAAACUAUUUAUGCUUAAAAACAAAAAAACAAAACAAAAAAUAAUAACAACAAUUGUCGUCACGUCUUCUAAGCGAAAAAUGAUCAACUAAUGGGAAUUUGACGAACUAGUUCAAUGAACCGAAAAGAUGCUAAUUUCCACAUACUUUUCUUAUCAGUCUAUGUAAAAUUCAAUCUGUGUAUGUAAAUUAUAAAAACAUUGUAUAGCAAUUUGUUCAUUUGUUUAACAAAUGUGAUCUAUGCUUCAACACUAAAACAUUAAAUAUAUAUUAACUUUGAGUUAUCAAACUCUCGAACUUGUUGUGUAUUCAAGCAGAAAAUGAUAGGUAUAUAUAUAUAUAUCGUUAGGUGUUUUACAUAUUACAUUCAGUAAGCGUAGAGAUCAUGGCCCAGCCACUGGGCUUUAUAAUAGUGCUCCAUUUAUGGUUAUUUUUUACCCCUAUCCAGGCAAGGCUCAAGAUCAACGGCCUAAGUUGUGGCGCCCCUCAGACAGACAUGAUUAGCUUGGAACAGUGUCGUAUAAAGGCCGUAAAUCGCAAUCUAUAUCUCAUGAACAUGCGAUAUAAAGUGAUAAAAACCAUAACAGAGUUAAAGGUUCAUUAUAAAUUCUUCAAACGUGAACGUGGUGGUUGGCAUCCUUGGUUAUAUGAUACGAAUGCAGAUAUAUGCGAUUUCUUCAAAAACCGCAAGAGAUUUUUACUGUUGAAUGAAAUAUUCAAGAGGUUGAAUGGAUAUACGACCCUGAAUCACACCUGUCCCUAUAUGGCUAAUACGGAAAUUCAGGUUCUGGACUGGUCGGUGCCUGAUAAUGUUUUAAAGCCAUUUCCCGUCGAUCAUGGCGAAUAUGCACUGCACACAACUUGGUAUCACAAUAAGAAAAUACUUUGUCAAGUCAACGGUUCGGUUGUUUACUCCGACUAGUUGAGAAAUAUGUUGAGUAAUGUAUGUGGUAAAAGAUUGAUCGCCAUCAAAGUCUA